AUGCCCACCCCGCCUCAUAUUGUACCGGAAUGGUAUUUCCUACCGAUCCAUGCCAUUCUUCGUAGUAUACCUGACAAAGCGGGAGGUGUAGCCGCAAUAGCACCAGUUUUUAUAUGUCUGUUGGCUUUACCUUUUUUUAAAAGUAUGUAUGUACGUAGUUCAAGUUUUCGCCCGAUUCACCAAGGAAUAUUUUGGUUGCUUUUGGCGGAUCGCUUACUACUAGGUUGGAUCGGAUGUCAACCUGUGGAGGCACCAUUUGUGACUAUUGGACAAAUUUCCCCUUUUGUUUUCUUCUUAUUCUUUGCCAUAACGCCCAUUCUGGGACGAGUUGGAAGAGGAAUUCCUAAUUCUUACACGGAUGAGACUGCCUGA